AUGAUCCAACCUUCGUACCGAGAGUUCGCGGCGCUCGCCAAACAGGGAAACAUGGUCCCGGUGUACGAGGAGAUCCUGAUGGAUCUCGAGACCCCGGUGUCCUUCUACAACCGUCUCAAGAAGAGCCGCCACUCGUUCCUGCUGGAGAGCGUGGAGGGCAGCGAGCGCUGGGCUCGCUAUUCGUUCCUGGGCACCGCGCCGGAGCUGAUCUUCAAGGCCUGGGGCCACGAGGUGGAAAUCACCCGAGGCCGGAAGAAGGAGUCGCGGACCUGCGACGAUCCGUUGAAGGCGCUGGCCGAGAUCCUCGACGGGUACCAGCCUGCCACCACCAUUCCGGAUCUCCCCUUCACCGGCGGCGCCCUGGGUUACGUGGCCUACGACGCGGUGGAGAUGCUGCACGGGGUCCCCAACACCGCGGAACGGGCCAGCCGCUUUCCGGACAUCUAUUUCCUGCUGGUGCGCACGCUGGUGAGCUUCGACAACCUCAAGCACACCAUCACCAUCAUCGACAACGUGCCCAUCGAAAAGGGCGCGCGGCUGCGGGUUCUCUACGGCGACGCCGUCUCCCGCAUCGAGAAGCUGCGGUCUUCCCUGCGAAAAACGCCCAAGAGCCUGGAGGCCCGAAGCCUCACCGGGUCCGGAACACCCGUCAAGUACCGCUCCAACGUCAAGCCGGAGGUAUUUCACGGCAUGGUGCGCAAGGGCAAGGAGUACAUCGCAGCGGGCGAUGUCAUCCAGGUGGUGCUGUCCCAGCGGCUGGAGGCCCGGACCCGGGCCGAACCGUUCGAGAUCUACCGCGCCCUGCGAUUCACCAAUCCGUCUCCCUACAUGUUCUUUCUGGAGCUGGACGACCUCAAGAUCGUCGGCUCCUCCCCGGAGAUCCUCGUCCGGCUCACCGGCCGGAACAUCGAGUUGCGGCCCAUCGCCGGCACCCGGCCCCGCGGCAAGGACCCGCGGGAGGAUCGGGAGCUGGAAGAGGACCUUCUGGCGGACCCGAAAGAGCGGGCCGAACACAUCAUGCUGGUGGAUCUCGGGCGCAACGACGUGGGAAGGGUGGCGGAGGUGGGCUCGGUGGAGGUGGACCAGCUCAUGGGCAUCGAGCGCUAUUCCCACGUCAUGCACAUCGUCUCGAACAUCAAGGCGGAGCUGGCCCGGGGAAAGACGCCUCUGGAGCUGUUCGGCUCCUGCUUUCCCGCGGGGACGGUCUCCGGUGCGCCCAAGGUGAGGGCCAUGCAGAUCAUCAGCGAACUGGAGCCGCAAAGGCGGGGUCUGUACGCCGGAGCCGUGGGCUACCUGAGCUUCAACAACAACCUGGACACCUGCAUCGCCAUCCGCACCAUCACGGUUCACAACGGCACCGCGGUCAUUCAGGCCGGAGCCGGCAUCGUGGCCGAUUCCGACCCCCACGCGGAGUACGAGGAGACCCUCAACAAGGCCCGGGGCAUGCUCAAGGCCAUCGAGCUGGCGGAGUCAUGGAGGACCGGACACUGA